GUAUUUGUGCAUCUAGAUCACUGGCUGUAUGAACUAACACUGUUUGAUCUGGCUUCACACAGAAGUUGGGAAAAAAAAGCUAACAUGAGGGUUGAGGGGGGGGUACGAGCAUUGCGCGCCCUCGAUACCUCGCAGGCAGUUGACCCAUUCACAUGUAAAUGAGGCGACGUAUAUACCCAGUACUGCGGCAUUAACAGCCCAUUCUCUGGCUGGGAUCACCCGGCCAUCUGUCCCCCCGACGGGCUCUAACGGCUGUCUGUAUUUACACACCGACCUCCUGUCCAGCGGGCUCCUGGCAUCGCUUGGGUUAAACUGCAGCAACAUGGCCCCCAUCCGCAACAACACAACCGGAGUGGACAGAGGUGAUAGCUGCGGUGGGAUCACAUCUGACAGAAAGAUGAGGAAACCUCUGGUCGAGAAGAAACGAAGGGCUCGCAUCAAUGAAAGUUUACAAGAACUCAGAGUUCUCAUAGCGGACGCCGAGUUACAAUCAAAAAUGGAGAACGCCGAAGUGCUGGAGAUGACAGUGAAACAAGUGGAGAGCAUCUUACAAAACCGGGCUCAAGAAGUGGACGCCGUGAACCGGGAGGCCUGCGAGCGGUUCGCCGCCGGCUACAUCCAGUGUAUGCACGACGUCCACACGUUUCUGUCAAGCUGUCCGGGAAUAGACCCGACAGUGGCCGCGGAGCUGCUGAACCACCUCCUGGAGAGCAUGCCCCUCAACGACGAGGACCGCCUCCAGGUCAUGCUCCCGGACGCCGUGGCAGACUUGUCCGGCUCUAACAGCACUUGGUCCCCGUGUGAGAGCAUAGUGUCCCCGUCCCCCUCCAGCACCUCCACCGAUGACCUCUCCUCUGACCUGGAUGAGACGGAGUCAGAUCAGAGCCAGGUUUCUUCCUCAGAGGAGGCGGACAGCCAGGACGUGCUGCCCUGCUUGACCUCCUCCAAGUCGGUGUGGAGGCCCUGGUAGCAGCAUGGUUUAGAUCAACCAGCUGGAUGGGGUGUGUUAGGAUGCUGUGUGGGAUAGGCUUCAGUACAUGACAGAACACUGCUGAGAUGGCAGCUUUGGAAACUUGUUAAAAUGCAUCUGAGAAGCUCUUCUUUAAAAAAAAAUAUCAUUAAACUACAGUUAAACGUAUUUAAUGACUAAAAUAUGUAAUUAAGUCACUUUUGCAGAGGACGGGGACCUGUAUGGUCUGUAUUUGGAGAUGUGUUGGCCUGGUGUGGGCCUGCCUUCAGUGAAGGGCGUAAAAUGCAUGUGUAAAUAUGUACUUGUUGAAUAUAACUGGGCUGUACAGAAAAUAGCUGUCCCACCACAAAUGCAUUGUUAGUUCUUUGUAAAUUAUUUCCUAUUUAGGAUGUCUUUUUUUUUUUUUUAAAUAAUGUAUUUAUUCAUGUCAAGUGACUGUUAGUAGGCUACCUCGUCUGAUUUGUCCUAAAUUUCAACUUUUCAAUAAAUAUCUUUUCAACUAA